AUAAAGUAAAUAGAGAGCUUUGAUCAAAAGCUUCAUUCCCUCAACUGAAAAAAUUUCCAAGUUUGAUUGCCAAAAAGGCAAAAACCCCAUUUUGUCUUCAGUGUCUCUUUCUACAAUAGAGGGAAAUUUGUAGGGUUUUGUUUUGUUUGUGAUCGGGCCAAGUUGUGGAAAGAAAUCCUUCGAAUUAUGAUGGAGGAUUCAAGAAUGCGUGGGAACAUGAGGGAGAUGAAUCUUGCUUCGAGAAGGGCUGAAGAAGCUGCUUUGAGAAGAUAUCAAGCUGUCCAUUGGCUUGAUUACCUUGUGGGCCCACUCGGAAUCCCGAGCCAGACGACUGAAAAACAGUUCAUUUCUUGCCUGAGAAAUGGGUUGAUCCUCUGCAAUGUAAUCAACAAAAUUCAACCUGGUUCAGUUCCAAAGGUCAUAGAAAAAACUUCGGCUUCACCAGCACUCUUGUGGGAUUCCCAGCCAUUGCCGGCUUAUCAAUAUUUUGAGAAUGUCAGGAACUUUCUAGUGGCCGUUCAAGAAUUGAAGCUUCCUAAUUUUGAGGCUUCUGUUUUUGAGAGGGAAAAUCUCCAAGCAGGGUCAUCAACCAAAGUUGUUGAUUGCAUUUUGGCACUGAAGGAUUAUUAUGAGUGGAAACAAAUGACUGGUGGCAAUGGAUAUUACAAACCGCCCAGAUCCCCUCAUGUUGUGCAUUCAGCUGGUAGAGUCAAUGCUCGGGCUCCAGAAUUUGUUUCUUGUGAUAGUGCCAGAAAAUUAGAUAUGUCGAAAUGUGUCAACAAACCAAUGCCAUCAGAAAUCGAUCUCAGAAAGCUUGAAGAUAAAAUUGACAAAGCACUGGCUCAGCAUAUGACUGACACUAAGGAGAACAUGGAUGGUAAUCAAGUUGCUGCUUAUCAUAGUGGAAAUGCGGAUUCACUGAAUCUUUUCAGCAAGAUUCUCUCAACUUGCCUAGAGGAACAAUUUCGAGCAACAUUUCCCGAGAUGAAGUCAAGUAUUCUGGAUUAUUUGAAACAAAGAAGUUGCUCAACUGUGCAUCCCACUUCAAAGCCUAUUGAAGAUUUGUCCAAUCUGAAAAACCGCAAGUGUUGCAGAGCUUGCUUGAGGAAGGGUAACUGCAACCACUGGAGUCUAGUUGAGCAACAAGAAAAAGAGCUCUCUAAUAUCAAGCUGUUGUUAUCAAGUACAAAGCAAGACGUUGAGAGUCUCCAGUUACAGAUUCAAAAUGACUUUAAAGAACUUGGAGAACAAGUGCUUGAGAUGUCUAAUGCUGCUCUUGGUUAUCACAAUGCCGUUAAAGAGAAUAGGAAUCUUUACAACAUGGUUCAAGAUCUGAAAGGAAAUAUUCGGGUUUACUGCAGGAUUAGACCAGCCCAUGAUUCCAAAGUGCAAAAUGUUAUUGAUUUUAUUGGAAACGAUGGGUCUCUAGUGGUUGUAGAUCCAAAACCUAUUAAAGAUGGAAAGAAAAUAUUCCAAUUUAAUCAUGUGUUUGGUCCAUCAGCUAGUCAAGCUGAGGUUUUUAGAGACACUCAGCCCCUUGUUAGAUCCGUAUUGGACGGUUACAAUGUUUGCAUAUUCGCUUACGGUCAAACCGGGUCAGGAAAAACACAUACCAUGUAUGGUCCUCCGUGUGGAUCAACCGAGCAGAUGGGAAUCAGUUAUUUGGCUCUUACCGAUCUUUUCGAACUGUCGGACCAAAGAAAGGACGUCACAAAGUAUGAAAUUCAAGUGCAGAUGGUUGAGAUUUACAACGAGCAAAUUCACGAUCUUCUUGCCAAGGACUCGGGCUCCAAAAAAUAUCCUUUCUGCAUUUUGAGACAUUCUCAACAGCUUAAUUUCAAUUGUGUGAGCGAGAACAGCAGCUUGGUUCUCCCAGAUGCUACACUUUGUCCUGUUAAGUCAGCAAAUGAUGUCAUAAAGUUAAUGAAACUCGGUGAAGUAAAUCGUGCAGUUGGCUCGACAGCAAUUAAUGUUAGAAGCAGCCGUUCACACAGUGUACUGUCUGUGCAUGUGCAUGGGGAAGAUGCUUCCGGAAGCUUGAUCCACAGUUGCCUCCAUCUGGUGGAUUUAGCUGGCAGCGAGCGUGUGGAUAAGUCAGAAGUGACGGGUGAUGGGCUUCGAGAGGCACAGCAUAUAAACAAAUCUCUUUCUUGUUUGGUCGAUGUUAUAACGGCUUUGGCCCAAAAGAACUCUCAUAUUCCCUACCGAAACAGCAAGCUCACUCUACUUCUCCAGAACUCCUUGGGAGGAAGUGCAAAAACGUUGAUGUUCGCUCAUGUGAGCCCGGAAGGCGAUUCUUUUGGAGAGACAAUGAGCACUUUAAAGUUUGCUCAAAGAGUUUCUACUGUGGAACUCGGUGCAGCUCGUGCGAAUAAGGAAAGCAGUGAGGUUUUAGAGCUCAAAGCAGAGAUAGAGAACCUUAAAAAGGCCUUAGCUGACCGUGACAUCGUGACACCCCCAACGAAAAGAUUCAAAGAGGCAGCUAAAACACCUCCAAAAUCGAGAAGGUCAAGCAUCGAGAAGGUGACCCCACCAAAGUCCACAAGAAGGCUGAGCAUUGAAUAUGGGGCCAAAACCCCCUCAGUCUUCCCACCAAGGCCCAACAGAAGGCUGAGCAUCGAGUCGAGUGGGCCCGAACAAGAAACCUCCCGACCCGCAAAAGCCCGAUCACGAAGGUUGAGCCUCGAGGGCCCGAAAAACGAGCUAGUGAACUGUUCUGACCAACAGCAGGUGGGUUUUCGGUCGCAAAAGAAUAAUCCCUGUCAGCUCGGGUACAGAGUGGGCCGGGCCCCUUUGAGCCCGUUAAGCUCUUCUUCAGUCACCAAAACACCGGUCGAAAAAAUUGAUACAGCCACAAUGAAGGUUAGAACACCCGAGCCACAGUUGUUAAAACCGGAAAUGCAAACGCCUUGCUCGACGACUCACAAAAAAGGUUCUCAAUUGAGAAAAUCACUUCGGACGAUUGGCAAGUUGAUCAAUGGUUCGGAAAAGAGGAACCAACAAAAACCAACUGAAAUAAUGUUGCCAGGUGGUAGUGUGGGCCCAAAAUCUGCGAUAUCAUCGAAUGCAAGGGCCGUGAGGAGACAGUCGUUGACAGGCGUACAACAACCUACUUCUCGGCGGUCUUCACUUGGAGGGGUCUCGACUGACUCUUAUGACAAUGGAAAUAGAAAUGCUGGGACAACACCUCCUCAGGUUCGGGCCUCGACAAAGCUCACAAAACGUUGGAUUUAGGAUGAUGACUUUUUAGUUAGGCUUACUUGAAACAUGUUGAUGUUCUUCUUUUUCUUUAUCGGGUACUUCGACUUGAAGCGCCCAACGAGAGAGGUAAAACGAGUUCUUUAUUUUGUUGAUUGAUACAUGGAGAUCGGCUAUACGAAGUGUUAUUUUAAUGGAAAACAGUAUUUCAAUCUUUAGAAUAACAAUUUUCUACAUUUUAUUCCUUUUGAUUAUGAACUAGUAAAUGAUUCUAUGCUCCUUGCCUCCUUCCUAGCAAGCCUCUUAAUUC